UUAUCAAUAAUAAAUAAUGGUACUUUUCCAAACUCGAUCUUUAAUGUAGUUGUCAUGGACUUGAAUUAAGGCAUAAAUUAAUGGUUUGUAUUACCCAGGAAGUCUUAGUAUGGCCCCCUCUUAGUUGAUUAAUUCAUUGUCUUGGUCUUAGUUGAAUUUUUUUUAUGCUUUAUUUAUGCUGAAUGACUUAUUUCCAAGAAACUUAUGUGCGCAUCUCCAGUAAACAAAAGACUUAAAGUGGUACUUCUGCAUGCAGUACUGAUUAGUUGACAAAAUCGUGUUAAUGUCAGUUAAUUCAUCUCUUAAAUAGGAUAGGACAUCAAUACUUUAAUGCAUAAGAGUAUUUUCACUAAGAUGAUCAAAAUAUUUUGUGUUUGUUGGACUUUCAUUUUAGUUUGUUGAGACUUUUAUUAAUGCAUGCACCUUUACUUAACGACCACAAAUGGAAAUAAACUUUCUUUUGUUUCAUCUGGGACAUUUGUUGUUCUAGCAACGUCUACCUUCCAGUUUAUCAAGGACAUCCAUAAAACAGGCUACUUUAGACGCAUCCUUUUCAAACUCCAAUUAAAUAUGUCAAAUUACUUGUCCAUCAAAUAGAGGACCAGUGAUACAUUUGAAAUUAACAUAUUUCCUGGAAAAUAAGCCUAUAACACUUACACUUUACUGCGUGAAGCCGAAGUUUGCAUCCAACCUGCACAGCUGCGGAACGCGCGUCUCCGAAUCGCGCUCCCAAGCUCGUGCACGUUCGUUCCUCGGGCUAGCUUGCAGCAUGCUGAGAAACUUGACAGUUUAACAUAUUUCACAUGUUAUUACUCUGUUUCGACUGUAGAAACCGGGUUUAAAAUCUGGAAUAAUAACCGCACCACCUGUCAUAAUACAGAGGAUUUUACAGGGGUUAACGUUCCAACUGUUUCCCAUCAGUGAGACACCCUGUAACCUGCAUAAUGAAAUCAAACCACUGAAGUCAUUUGCAGCCUGUCUUGGCAAAUGUCACAGAGGCCAAAAUGGCCUCUACGGAGAAAAAACGUGAGGUGUGCAGCCCGUUCAUUCAAAGGCGCAACAUUGCGAGGAAAACAAGUGCCGAGAUAGUCAGUGAAGUCAGACAGUCCCUGCGAGUCCAGUCGACCCAGCGCCCGUUUACUCCCAGAGAUGCACACAGGAAACUUUUUGGAACGAGCUCUGGUCGUGCAGACCGUGACAACAGACCUCCAUCUACCUUUAGUCUUCAUGCUCAAAAUUUUGAUGCUCCUGACUCGAGGCCAAGUUCAGGGACUCGCCUCUCUCCUCUGGACCAUAAGCCGAAGUUUCCAGUCUCCUCCAGUGCUGAGGAUCCAUUCAAGGCCUUUCCAAAACCCCCCGCUGACCCACUGGAAGUGAAGAGAGGGCUUCCAGUGGCGCGGGCACGCCUCCUCCGGGCUGGAUCUCUCACCACGUUGUCUCCUGUAGAGGGACACACAGAUGUGAAAGAGAGAUUAAAUCCAGGCCCGGGACAAAAGCAGCCUUCAACUAAACGACUCCCCAGUACUGAUCUUAGACCUGGCCCACGCAGAACAGCAAGUGAAAGUUUAAUUCAGCCCGGUGUUGACUCAGGCGUGAGAUUCACAGAGUGCAAAGCAGGACGGAGAACAGAGCUGGGGAAUGGAGACAACACCACAAGCGCAGAGGAGGAUGCAGAGUCACUGGUGUGGAAUAAUAUGAUUGCUCCUCUGCUGCAACAACUAGAGAGUGUGGCUGCAGGUGGCUCCGAGGGCUCCGUGGACCGUCUGUGUGAUUUGUGUGACGCUCUCCACAGCACCUUGGCAGAAGCAGACAUGCUCGGCCGACGCUGUAAGAGGAGGUCAGGGAUACUUCGAACACUGUUCCGCCUCAUCGACCUCAACUCGGCCCGGCUCAACCUGCACAUCGCCAAGCUCUGCCUCGCUUUGUGUGUCAGUGGAAACAACCUGCUCAACAUCUGUAAGCUCAUCUUCCAGAUCAGCCGCAGUGAAAGCAACGACAUCCUCUUCCAGAACAACUCCAUCAUAGACUCUUUUCUGGGCGUUUUGAGCAAAGAGGACGUAUCCUCAUCUGGAGAAGCUCUGCUGUACUGUGUCGGGGCUCUGAAAUUUCUCUCAGGAAACAGCUCAAUCCUCAGACUCCUGCUGGACAAGAACUUUGUUGGUGUGGCUCAGAAACUCAUCCAGAGGCUCUGCACAAUAGAAGACGACAACUUCACUAUAGCGGGGCACAUCAUCGUACAGCUGACAGCAAGCUUGAGGAACCUUGCAGAUCACCCCGAUUCCCGUCCACUCUUCGUCUCCUUCUCUCUACUGUCAGAGCUCUGUCUGGUGCUGCGUCAUCACUGCAGAGAGCCGGACAUCUGCACCAACAUUUCCAGAAUAUUCAGUAAACUCUCCUCUUACUCUGAGUGCCGCCUCGCUCUGGCCCAGACCCCCGACUGCUACCAACUAUUUUUAGAACUGCUGACCAAACAUCACCAAAAACAGGAUCUUGUUGUGCGCCUUCUUUUCACCCUCGGGAACCUCACGUCAAAAAGCGACGAGGCUCGGCAGCAGCUCUUUCAGGUGGAGGGCUGCAUGGACACGCUCCUGCAGCUGUACGACACCUACCAGCGCAGAGACGACUCCCCACACACACAGCUACAGAAAUGUCCCCCUUCCCCCAACGAGCCUCGGGCCUCCAGUGCACAGGAGGAUGACGACGUGCUGGUGAAGCUUGUCAGGGUGCUGGCGAACAUGUGCAUCCACCAGGCUGUAGGUCCAUCUCUGGCAGCCAACACCACCUGCAUUGAGCUGCUGAUGGAGACACUUGAGCUGAGGUCCGUGCAGGAGAGCGAGGAGCUGUUGGUGAAUGUGGCGGCCACCAUCAACAACCUGUCCUUCUACAAGGAGCAGAGCUCUGUGCUCGGACGCAGUCGACUCACCAUCGCAAAGUUGAUGUUGAAGUUGGUGCUCAGCUCGUCUAUGGACGCCAUGCUCGAGGCCACACGUGUAUAUGGAAAUUUGUCUCAGUCAAAGGAUGUACGGGACUUUAUUAUGCAAAACAAAGUGCACCAGUUUGUAGUGACGCUCCUCGACUCAAAAAGCACUGAGAUGUGUUUUACGGCCUGUGGGGUGCUCAUUAACCUGGCUCUUGACCCUCCCAACAGGGUCAGCCUCUCAGAGGAGGGGGCCGCUGCCAAGCUGGUGGACUGUCUGAAAGACUUCGGACCAGGUGACUGGCAGCUGGCUGGCCAGAUCUGUCAGGCUUUGUGGAACAUGAUGGUCGGCGGUGGAGAGAAGCUGCUGGACACACAGGAGAGAGGGUCACUGCUGGAGUUCCUCAUUACAUACUUAGAUCAAAAGGAGGCUCUGAAGUGGAUCGAAAAUGAAGAUAUGAGGGACUAUCACAAGGCUUGCUGGGAGAUAGAGUUCCUACCUGUUGCUCAAAAACUGGUGAAGACGCUCCAGGCUCCAGACCAAACUCCCUGACACACCAGGACGUGGAGUUUUAACUGUUUUCUGCCUUAAAAAGCAGCAAUGAGAUUCAUGCUUUCUCCAUGAAAAAGGAAACACUGGAAACAUGUGUUAGUUAGAUUGUAGACCCUGAUUUAUGUCAUUUAAAGGGAUAAUUACACUAACUAACUAGCUAACCAGCAACUCCAAGUAAAAUAUAUUUUUGUGGGGUUUAGAGGUAACUGCUGUAAAGAUUUAUAGCUUCUUUUUUCAAGGAGGAAAGCAGGUAAGGUCAGUCUGAAUUCAAGUCACAGUGAGUUCCAUUGCUGGUUUUCUACACAGAAAAAAAGUCAAAACACCUUUAAAAAUGUUUCAAACUAUUGUGCACCACUACAUUUCUUCUCCAUGCUUUGUCCAGAUGCUUCAAGCUGACUGUUGAUGCUGUUUUCAAGAAACUACAUAGUUUUUACAGCCAGCUUUUGAGCCUACAGAUGGUCAGCGUGUCAUAUUCAAAACAAUAGAUUUUAGGUGGCAGAUUAAGGUAAUUAUGCAAAAUAUAAGAAGCAGGGUUAAUCUGUGUUGGAAGUGAAUUUUUCCAGAUUUAUUUCUCUAUUCUGUAUAAACAAGGUCUUACUUUUUUAUUUUCUUAUUAUUUGGUCAUUCUUCAUUUUAUCAAUUCCAACAGUUUUAUUUUUUUAUUUGUAGCAUUUUUUCACUUUAUAUGCACUUUAAUUUUCAUAAAGCCUUAUUUUUGUGUAUCUUGAUAUCUACAGGGAUAAUUUAAUACAAGCUCUUUGCACAUUUAUGUAACAGACUUGAUCUGUUUUGUAACUUCACUGUGUUGUAAAGCUUCUUUUAUGAUAAUGUAGUCUCAAAAACAGAUGACUGACUUGGAAUUUACCUCAUAACUAAAUCUUUUAUUGUCUGGGGAUCGUGUGACAUUGGAACUUGAACAUAAUAAAGCAAAAGAGAGUGGAAAAAA